AUGAUCCCUGAUAGUGGACCAGCAGAGCUCAGAGACUCCCAGUGGUCCGUCUGUCCAGCAGCAUCAAACACAGCUGGACUCCAUCUUUCUGGUCUGUACAUGAACAACAACUACUUUUCCAUCAUUCUGUCCACAGUCGUCUCCAUGCUGCACUUUGGACACCAGUGGACUCUGCUGGAGGACAACAUUGUCACUUUCGUGAAGAAGGAGUUGAAGAAGAUCCAGAAGCUUCUGAGUCACAGGGAGGAUGAGGAGGAGCUGGAGAGUGAAUAUGAAAUGCAGAAGAGCAGCAGAGAGUCACUGGUUAAGAUCACAGAGAACUUCCUGAGGAGAAUGAAGCAGGAGGAGCUGGCUGAUCGACUGCAGAGCAGUAAGAGGAUUUCUCUGAAGGGCUGCAGAGAGUUGAUUAACUCUGUUUGUUGUCUUCAAACAGGUUUCACUACUGCAGUUUGUCGACAAAAAGUCCAAUCUGGUCUGAAGAAGAAGUUCCAGUGUGUGUUUGAGGGGAUCGCUAAAGCAGGAAACCCAACCCUUCUGAAGGAAAUCUACACAGAGCUCUUCAUCUCAGAGCAAGGAACUGAAGAGCUGAAUGAAGAACAUGAGGUCAGACAGAUUGAAGCAGCAUCCAGGAAAGCAGACAGAGCAGAAAAAACCAUUAGACAAGAAAAGCUCUUCCAACUCCCAGCUGGAAGACAAGAACCAAUCAGAACCGUGAUGACUAAGGGAGUGGCUGGCAUUGGGAAAACAGUCUUAACACAGAAGUUCACUCUGGACUGGGCUGAAGGCAAAGCCCACCAGAACCUCCACUUCAUAUUUCCAUUCACUUUCAGAGAGCUGAAUGUGCUGAAAGAAGAGAAGUUCAGCUUGGUGGAACUUGUUCAUCACUUCUUCCCUGAAACCAAAGAAGCAGGAAUCUGCAGCUUUGAACAUUUCCAGGUCAUCUUCAUCUUUGAUGGUCUGGAUGAGUGUCGACUUCCUCUGGACUUCCAGACACAGAUCCUAAAUGACCCUAGAAAGCCUACCUCAAUUGGUGAUCUGCUGACAAACCUCAUCAGGGGGAACCUGCUUCCCUCUGCUCGCCUCUGGAUAACCACACGACCUGCAGCAGCCAAUUUGAUCCCUGCUGAGUGUGUUGAUAUGGUGACAGAGGUCAGAGGGUUCAAUGAUCCACAGAAGGAGGAGUACUUCAGGAAGAGAUUCAGAGAUGAAGAGCAGGCCAGCAUGAUUGUCUCUCACAUCAAAAGAUCUAGAAGCCUCCACAUCAUGUGCCACAUCCCAGUCUUCUGCUGGAUCACUGCUACAGUUCUGGAGGAUCUGCUGAGGACCAAGGAGGGAGAAAAGCUGCCCAAGAGCUUGACUGAGAUGUACAUUCACUUUGUGGUGGUUCAGGCCAAAGUCAAGAAGGUCAAGUAUGAUGGAGGAGCUGAGACAGAUCCUCACUGGAGUCCAGAGAGCAGGAAGAUGAUGGAGUCUCUGGGAGAACUGGCUUUUGAGCAGCUGCAGAAAGGAAACCUGAUCUUCUAUGAAUCUGACCUGACAGAGUGUGGCAUCGAUAUCAGAGCAGCCUCAGUGUACUCAGGAGUGUUCACACAGAUCUUUAGAGAGGAGAGAGGCCUGUACCAGGACAAGGUCUUCUGCUUCAUCCAUCUGAGUGUUCAGGAGUUCCUGGCUGCUCUUCAUGUCCACCUGACCUUUAUCAACCCUGGACUCAACCUGAUGGAAGGAGAAAGAGAAUCCAAGAUAGUUAAUGAGAAACAAAAUAUUUCAGUCCAGUUCUAUCAAAGUGCUGUGAACAUGGCUUUGGAGUGUCAAAGCGGAGACAUGGACUUGUUCCUUCGCUUCCUCCUGGGUCUUUCACUGCCGACCAAUCAGAGUCUCCUACGAGGUCUACAGACUCAGACAGGAAGUAGUCCACAAACCAAUAAGGAAACAGUCCUGUACAUCAAGGAGAAGAUCAGUGAGAAUCUGUCUGCAGAGAAAAGCAUCAACCUGUUCCACUGUCUGAAUGAACUGAAUGAUGGUUCUCUAGUGGAGGAGAUCCAACAGUCCCUGAGGUCAGGACGUCUCUCCACAGAGAAACUGUCUCCUGCUCAGUGGUCUGCUCUGGUCUUCAUCUUACUGUCAUCAGAAGAAGAUCUGGAAGAGUUUGACCUGCAGAAAUACUCUGCUUCAGAGGAGGCUCUUCUGAGGCUGCUGCCAGUGAUCAAAGCCUCCAACAAAGCUCUACUGAGUGACUGUAAGCUGUCAGAGAAAAGUGGUGCAGCUCUGUCAUCAGUUCUCAGCUCUCAGUCCUCCAGACUCAGAGAUCUGGACCUGAGUAACAACAACCUGCAGGAUUCAGGAGUGGAGCUGCUAUCCGUUGGACUAAAGAGUCCACACUGUAAAGUAGAGACUCUCAGGUCAGCUUUCAUUCAACUAUUUUUCUAG